GUGUUUUGUGCGCAGAUGGCGGCGGAGCAGGCGCGCAGCGAGGCCGAGGGGGACGUGCUGCCGUGGACGGUGGCCGAGUUCUACCGCGGGCAGAGCGUGCUGCUGACGGGCGGCUCGGGCUUCGUGGGGCGCGUGCUGCUGGAGAAGCUGCUGUUCUACUGCCCCGACAUCGACACCGUCUACGUGCUGCUGCGCCCCCGCAAGGGGCUCUCGGUGCAGGAGCGCCUGCACAAGCUGCUCGACGUCCCGGCGGUGGAGUGCGACUCGGCGCAGCCCGGCCUGGCGCUGGCGGAGGCGGACGCGCGCGUGCUGGCGGAGCGCGUGUCCGUGGUGUUCCACCUGGCGGCCAGCGUGCGCUUCGACGACCCGCUCAUCACGGCCGUGCACACCAACGCGUGCGCCACGCGCGACCUGCUGGAGCUCGCCACGCGCAUGACCAAGCUCAAGGCGUUCGUGCACGUGUCGACCACCUUCUGUAACGUGGGCCAGAGCGAGUUCGAGGAGAAGCUGUACCCGGUGGCGGGCGACUGGCGCUCCAUCCUGGCGCUGGUGGAGGCGCAGGGCCAGAGCGACCCGGUGGCCCUGCGCGCGCUUACCACCAAGUGA